GACCCGUUCUUUUUUCCCUACCUUCCAUUCGCCAAUGCUAAUUCCGCAGCUGUAUUUUUCUCAACGUAGAAGCUUCAUCAGACUAAGGCGCAACCUAACACCCACCGCGCAAUGCAAUGAGACUCAGUUCCCAUACCCGCGUUUUGCGCGGGCCUGUCCUUACCACACGAAACUAUGCGUCCAUAUCCCCAGUUCUUCUUGCCAUAGCCUCCAUCCCGAGGUGCCAGUCUUCACGUGCUCUGCACCAUGGCCGGCAUAUCCAUUUCUCUGCAACCCCUCCGCGGCUGUCCGCGGUGCCGCAGCCGCAGCAUAAGUCGUCUACGGUAGAGACCACACAUCCUCCACUUCAGACCCCAAUCGCACCGCAACUCUCUCCCACAGCCGCGAACCCCCCAGCCACGACCCGGCCGCCGCCUCUCGACCUCCCGACCCGACAACCUGAAACUUCGACCUUCUCGCACCUCCUCGCAACCGCCAAGGCCUACGUGGCCUUCUACAAGACCGGCCUCCGCCAUAUCUACACCAACACCCGCCUCGUAUGGUCCUCCCAACCAGGGAACACCUCCCCACCCCCGGGUACGCGCGCCCACCUCCUCCUACAUGAGCGCUGGCGCCACGACGCGCGGCGCGUGCCGCUGUUCGCGCUCAUGCUCCUCGUGUGCGGCGAGUUCACGCCCCUCGUCGUCCUCGCCGUCCCGCGCAUCGCGCCCCUGACCUGCCGCAUCCCGGCCCAGGUAUCGCAGAUCCGCCGCCACGCCGAGGGCCGGCGCCGCUGCUCGGCGGACGCGCUCCGGGCGCGCGUCGACAACACCGCCGGCGACCGGGAGCUGCCCUACGGCCUCGUCGUCGGCCACAUGGCCCGCUCGCUCGGCGUCGUGUCCCCGCUCUGGGAUCGCGUCGGCUGGGUGCCGGCGUCCCUCGCCGGGGGCGCCGCGGGUGCGCGGCUGAGGUUCUUGGCUAGGGACGACGCGCUGCUGGUGCGGGCGGGCGGGGUCCCCGCGCUGGAAGCCGAGGAGGUCGAGCUGGCGUGCGCGGACAGGGGCAUCGGUACCCUGGGGAGGACGGACGGCGAGCUGAGGGACGUGCUGGCGCGGUGGCUGGCCCUGACGGCGGCGCACGACAUGGGCGCCGAGGAGAGCACGAGGAGGAUGAUGGCGCUGCUGAUGCAGGAGGAGAGGGCCUGGCCCAACACUUGGCCGGAGGCGGAGGGGGCUGAGAAGCGCGGCUCGUGAUGCGCCGUGGGAUAUGUGGGAUAUGUAUAUCUACCCUGUCAGGAAAGAGACGUGAGCUCUCUGCUCUGUAUUUAACAUUUGUACGAUGGCAACCUCUAUAUAUAACCAACUUAACAUAGACAAUCUCAUCUUGAAACGGUCACAAAAGAUAGCAA